UCUUCAAACAUUGAUAUCGAAAGAAGCUCGCAGUCAUGGGAGCGCGCCUUUCUAACGCAAGUGCGACUACGCCUCCGUCAUGAAUUUUCGAGACAUUUAUUAUCUAAAGUUCAGAAACUGUUAAGGCUUUGUGCCUAGCGACAGUGCCAACUGUCCGAUGCAGUUAUAUUUGCCAUCAACGAGUGUGGCAGCGCUUCCAAGCCGCCGAGAAUGAAAUGUCAACGUGAAUAUUACUUUUGCAACCGCUGAGUGUAAUGGCUGGGACAUAUCACCAUGUCUACGUUGGAAUACCGAGACUCGCCGCACCGAUCGCCGCAGGAAACUCUUUACGGGUACUGCUGGUGCCGCAGUGUCGCCGACAAAGUGCACAGUUUGAAAAGAGCAUGCUGCGGCGCGCUUGUCCGAGACGCCUAUGUCCUACUUCGCGUCCUGCCCUCCCUGCCAGUCACUUUUAUUCCCGAGCUUCUUGCGAGAGCCGUGGAAGAUGGACGGGACAGAGCUGCGCAGCUUUUGGUCUCUUUCUGGCCUGAUAGCUCGCUUGAUCUGCCUGCCGUUCUCGGUGGAACCUGCCCUCUCAUUCACCACCCAAAACGCGUUGUGGCGACGACAGCUAUUGUGCGGGCUUUUGUAGAGCUCUCACUCAAAGGAGACAAAGAUGACCUGUGCUCUCUUAACGUCACAGGCUUCCAGGUGGGUCCCGAACUGUUGGAAUUUGUACAGCGCAAGAUGGCUGUGUUCUCGAGGAAGGAGUCGUGGAGAAGUCCACGCAACCUGCAGUGCGACUUCUUCAUUGGUGAGCCACACUCGUUCGACGUCUUCACUUCCCUUUUGCAGCACCGGUUGAGCAAGAAAGUGUUGCUCUUUGAAAUUCGCAACCUGGAGGUCGAGGGCGUUGGUGAAGCGAGGCUGCUGCAGCUCCUCGACAUGCUCGACUCGGACGCGCUCACCGGCCUCAGUGUGGCGUACAACUCUCUUCAGAACCAAGGGUUGUUGCGAGUUUCGGAGCAGCUGCGGCGCUUCCGUGGACUCGUCGCACUCGAUUUGUCAUCCAAUGGCGUCCGCCGCGGGGACGUACGGCACUACGACUACCUUUCGGAUACCAUUCGCGUUAUGCCGCGACUCCGGCGACUCAACAUCAAAAGCUGCCGCAUCGGCGGCUACCUGAACACGCUUGUAGCGCGCUGUUCGCGAGAGAUCACUCACUUGGAUCUGAGUGCUUGCGGCCUGCGACAACAGGACCUCAGGGUCAUUGGCCACUUUCACAGCCUCACCAGCCUGUUGCUGUCAGAUAACAACUUCUUCAACAUGGUUGCGGAACUGAUCAACGUGCUGUUUAUGUUAGAGCGCCUGCAAGUUAUGCAUCUGUCCAACUGCGAACUGCGAGCCGAUAGCUUUAAUGUUCUUUGGGAGUCGCUGAGGGUUUCAGGCAGCAAUUUGCGCUCGCUUGACCUCUCGUGGAACAAACUCUCGGAGGACAACCUUGCAGUGAUUGUACGCGACUUUGAAGCCGGCUGCCUGCCUGAUUUAGUUCACCUGCUGCUUCCUGUACCAAGCAAUCCUAGCCCCGCCUACUUUGAACUUAUCAAGCGCUUGGAAGUAGUGAGCCCCCAUCUUAAAGUGCAGCCUGACCUAGUCUAAAGCAGGUUGCUGCUGUGUAUAAUAUCCUGUACUAUCUUGCAGGAGCAAAAUAGCUGACACAUUUUCUAUUCUCUAAGCGCUAGUACACUGACAUGAUAGCAGUAAUAUGUCGCUGAAAGCUGUGGCUUCUGGUUAUAUUUGGAAUCUGAUAUGUGUGGAGUGCUUGAAGCAAAAGGUGUUGGAUCUGGCCAGUAAACAACAGUCCUCCUCUGAAA